UUAACCUAGUGUACUGAGUACUUGGAAACCAAAAAUGGAGGCCAUAGAAGAGGACCAGAGCGCCAAAAUGGAUCCUCCUUGUUCCCCUUCCGGCUGCAAUCCUCCAGAGCCCCCCCUCUCGAAGAAUGCAAGGAAGAAGCUACUGAAACAACAGCGUUACGAAGCGAAGAAAGCGGAGAAGAAAGCUCAGGAAAAAGAGCUGAAGAAGAAAGAUAUUGAGCGCAAACGGAAGGAAUGGGAGGAGACACUGGCGAGUGUUACGGAGGAGGAGAGAGCCAAGCUGAUCGAGUCUAGGAAAAGCCUGAGGAAGGAGAGGAUGGGGAAGAGGUCGGAGGAGAAGGAGAAGAAGAUUGAGAGGCUCAACAGGGCUAAAGAUUGUGGUCAGAAGAUUGUCAUCGACCUUGAAUUUUCUGACCUCAUGACCCCCUCGGAGAUUCACAGUCUUGUUCAGCAGAUAAUGUAUUGUUAUGCAGUGAAUGGAAGAUGUCCUUCUCCUGGUCAUCUCUGGUUGACUGGGUGUAAUGGAGAAAUGGAAACCCAACUGCAAAGGCUUCCAGGAUUUGACAAAUGGAUCAUUGAGAAGGAACAUAGAUCAUACAUAGAUGCUUUGCAAGACCAGAAGGAAAAUUUGGUCUAUCUCACAGCUGAUUCAGAAACUGUGCUUGAUGACCUUGAUCUAAAGAAAAUAUAUAUCAUUGGUGGGUUAGUUGAUCGCAACAGAUGGAAAGGGAUUACCAUGAAGAAAGCACAAGAACAGGGAAUUCAAACAGCAAAACUUCCAAUAGGAAGUUACUUGAAGAUGUCUAGCUCUCAGGUCCUUACUGUGAAUCAAGUCCUAGAGAUUCUACUCAAGUACAUAGAAACGAGAGAUUGGAAGGCUUCUUUCUUCCAAGUCGUUCCUCAAAGAAAAAGAUGUGAAGCUGAAUGUAACAGUGACCAUGCAGUAGAUGGGGAAGAAAAUGGAGAUAGAGAUGAUGAGCAAGAGACUAAGAAGACCAAGUGCGAUGAAGUAUCUUCCAGUAACCAUACUACUUUGUAAUGGCUUUAACCAAUUGUGAGACUUCCUACCUACCUAUAUUUUUGGUACUCUUAUUUCUAAGUUAAAAGGAUUCUGAUUUUUCAUUGUUUACCA